CUAGCCGCGCUAGCCGCGCCGCGGGCAAAUGAAAGUGGGCGUUGUGGCACUUGUGUGAUAAGCGAGCUUACUGAAGCUUACAACGCCACUUCCGACUGGUCUGCGACCACGCUGCUUCGGCAUUCUUUGCGACAUCGUUAUGUAUAACUCGAUUUCGCUGUCGCAGGGAGAUGAUUCUAUCGAGUUGGUUCCGUUCGGUGCCACUCUGUCAUCAUGGAAAGUGGAUGGUCAAGAGAUGUUGUUCCUGAGCAAGAAGUCACUCCAAGAUGGCAAGAGCCCUAUCCGUGGAGGAAUACCGCUCGUUUUCCCAAACUUCGGGGCCUGGGAGCUGGGGCCACAUCAUGGCUUUGCACACACCUCCCUUUGGAGCGUGCAGCCCUUGGAUGUGACAUCGAUGGAGCAGGAAGGAAAUGGCAGCAAGGCAAUUGUCUUGAGCCUGAAGGACAGUGACUACACACGUUCCAUUUGGAACCAUGGAUUCCAGCUUGUGUAUCGAAUUGAACUUCAGAAGGCCAAGCUUCGCCUCGAGCUGUCCGUGGAGAACACAGGCACCGACAUGUUUGAGUUCACGGCCCUGAUGCACCCUUACUGGCGCACGGCGGAUGUCCGUCAAUGCACGCUCUCUGGCUGUCAUGGCGUCCUCUACGCUGACAAGACGAAGGACUUUGGCGAGUCACGUGAAGAACGAGAAUAUGUGACGGUCUCGCAGUGGACGGACAACAUCUACAAAAGCACAGAGCAUGUACACGUGCUCACUGCAGUUGGUGCAGGAAAGACUCUGAAGAUUGAGAAGGAAAACCUUCCGGACACAGUCGUGUGGAACCCAUGGGCUAGAAUGGCAGAUGAACUGGAAGACAUGGACGCAGAGGAGUACCUGCACAUGCUGUGCGUGGAACCUGGUCAUGUGGCCCGGCCAGUUCAUCUGGAACCCUCUCAGUGCUUCCGUGCCACCUGCACGUUCACAGCUUGCGAUGGAUAGCCGUGGCCGAAUAAAUAGCCAGCUGCUGUCAAA